UUUACAAAUGGCUGAUGUAUACUAACAGUGAGACAUGGGAGUCUGUACAUCAGCAGGCGCCACGGUCCAACAUUCAGAUGAUGACAAUGCAGCUGAAUCAAUUCGGAUUUCAGAAAGGGAUACUGCCAUUAAACAACACAUAGAAAAUCUGGAGCAUCACAUUGCAGAUCUGACUUCAAAAAUACAACAACUGGAAGUUAACGUUACAAACAAAGACGAACAAGUAGGCAGUCUUAAGAAAGAACUCGGAGAUGUCAAAGAAAAAUUAGAGAAUGAUUUAACUGCAUUAAGAACAGACUUCGAGUAUCUUCAAUCGGAAUUGCAAAGAAAACCCACGUCAAAUAGUAUAACCAUACUCCACGCGGACACAGUCAACGCUUCAGACGCGGCAACAAACCAUUUUACGGCUAGUGAAAUGCAGGUCGAUAACUCAAAUUUACAAACUGUACAUACAAAGGAGAAGCACAUUUCUGUUAACGAAAACACUAAAACUCGUACACACAGCACUGAUCAAAUACCGAAACCGAGACCUAAUUGGAAAUUAUCUAAAUGAAACGUUUUUAGCCCACAAAUAUCAGAUGAUGGGCUAUUCGAAUCACACUCCUUCCGCUGUCCGUCUGUUCGACUGUCCGCUAUUUCUCAAUAAGUCAAAUUCAUUAUGUAGAUUCAGCUUGGCCUUUAGUUGUGCAUGUUUACUUUUGAUACUGAUCAAAUAAAGAAAAAUGCUGA